AUGGAUCCCCAGCGAAACUCGCGGCUGUCGUCCUCGGCCAGGCGGCCGCCGCUGAGGUCGACUGCAGAGCUGACACGCGCAGGAUUGGGAUUCCUUUCCCCCCAAGGCAUCCGGCAAUGGGCACUGGGCUCUCGGCUGAGUCUGGGCGAUGACGGGGUGGACGUCCGCAGAAUCAAGCCUCCUGCCCAGUCCGGCGACUAG